AUGGCAAGUGAAAUGAAGAUGGCGCUGCUAGUCUUUUUAUUCUUUCUUUUUCAGGUUUGCUCACGGCUUGCUUUCGCUCAUUCUUCUGUCAAGUUUCUUCCUGGGUUUGAGGGGCCUCUCCCUUUUGAACUUGAAACCGGGUAUGUAGGUGUUGAUGAUUCAGAGGAUGUUCAGCUCUUCUACUACUUUGUAAAGUCGGAAAGAAAUCCUGAAGAGGACCCUCUUAUGCUUUGGUUGACUGGUGGCCCUGGCUGCUCUGCGUUUUCCGGUCUCGUUUUUGAAAUAGGUCCAUUGAAUUUCAAGGCCGACGUGGAGUACAACGGAAGCUUACCGACUUUGGUAUUGAAUCCAUACUCAUGGACAAAGGUUUCCAACAUCAUAUUCGUAGAUUCACCAGUUGGCACAGGAUUCUCCUAUGCAAGAAACAAUUUUGCUGCACAGACAGGUGACCUCAAACAAGUUAACCAGCUCCACCAAUUUCUUCGUAAGUGGCUGAUGGAUCAUCCAGACUUCAUUUCAUGUCCGGUCUAUGUUAGUGGGGACUCGUAUUCUGGCAUUCCAAUCCCAGUCCUUGCUCAAGAGAUCUUACAUGGAAACGAAGAAGGUAUCAGACCCACAAUUAGUCUACAGGGAUACGUACUCGGGAACCCUGCAACAGUGCCAAGUCUUGAAGCCAACCUCAAGAUUCCAUAUGCUCAUGGAAUGGGACUAAUUUCUGAUGAACUUUACGAGUCACUGAAGAGAAGUUGUGAGGGAGAGUACCAAAUUGUUGAUCCCAGUAACGAGGAGUGCGAGAAAGAUAUUCAAUAUUUCUCCAAUUGUAUUUCAGGAAUUCAAACUGCCCAAAUUCUGGAGCCGACCUGCCCUUUUGCUUCCCCAAAGCCACAAGAGAUUGGUGGAAAGCGUGAUCUCGAAGAACAGCAUGGAGAAGUACUCCUUGAAGAUGAACCGCCGCCGCCACCACCGCUUCCUACAUUGGGCUGUCGUACUUAUGCAUACUUGCUCUGUCAUUAUUGGGCUAACGAUGAUAAUGUCCAGAAGGCACUCCACAUUAGAAAGGGAAGCAUAGGACAAUGGCAGCGGUGCACUUUUGGAUUACCUUAUACAGCCGAUGUUCCAAGCAGUUUUCCGCAUCAUGCUAACCUCAGUGCCAGAGGGAUCCGCGCUCUAAUAUACAGUGGCGACCAUGACCUACUCGUGCCCUUCUUGGCAACUCAAGCAUGGAUAAGAUCUCUGAACUAUACAAUUGUUGAUGACUGGCGGCCAUGGAUGCUGCGAGGCCAAGUUGCAGGAUACACGAGGACUUAUUCUAACAGGAUGACAUUUGCCACUGUUAAGGGAGGAGGUCACACAGCUCCUGAAUACAGGCCUGCAGAAUGUUUGGCAAUGUUUAAAAGGUGGAUAUCUGAGGAGCCUCUGUGAUAUAGGGACAUGGAAUAAUAGCAAGAACUGCUGAAACAUUAUGCUACAUAUAAUAAUAUCUGAAAUUUGACAUUGGGUUGAGUGCCAAAGAAAUAACAGUGUCCUGGCCAAAACAAAAGGAAAUUCUAUAAAAUAUUUGAAACCAUCAUACCAUGCUGUUCGCCUAAUAGUAAAUUGGUCUUCAAACCUUUGUUGUGGUACAUGGCACUCUUGUUGAAAAUCUUGUUUGUAGCAGAAGGGGAAAAGUACCACUUUCUGGAGACGCAUUUCAAUAAUAAGUUAUUUAUAUUUGGCA